AUGACGACGACCAAGUACACGUCCAGUGUUGGCGCUUCAGACGUUGAUCGGCCAAUUGCACAAACCCCAUCCAAACCGAAACACUUUCAAAACCACACAGUGUCUUAUCGUCGCUAUCAGAUCAACAUCUUCAAACGCAAACGCAAACGCAAACACAGGCCCAUCGAGGAGUCAUCCCCACUCGGGCCCGUCGACUUCACCGCGUUUUUCAGCCGACCGAAUGACACAUACUCAACGCCCCCCUCGAAUUCGAACACGCAGCCUCCAUCGCCGGUGCUGCGGCAUGCAUACGUAGUAGUACAAUAUAGCCAGAAUUCUCAUUCGUCAUCACAUUCAUUCUCCUUCCUGUCUUUUUUCGACAUUCCGUCGGGAGGUGACAGAGUGUAA